UUUAAUGAUUCAUCUUUUAUUUUUUUUAUAUUUUUUAUUAUUUUUCAUCUUAGAUGUUCAAAUUCAGUAUUCCUUUCUUAAUCGAUAAUUGAAGACAAAUCCCAAUUCCCCCGUUGUUCCAUUUCAGCAGCUCCAUAAUCGAAAGUCCUCCACAGUGUCCAGCGAUUCGAAAUUUUUCCAGAAACAAUGAGGCGACAGGGGCAGUAUGGUGAUGCAUCUGCCAAUAGUUAUGGGGCUUCCCAGAUGCAUCAUCCUCAUCAUCAUAUGGCUGGUCAAAGGGUGGAAACUAAGUCUGGUAAUUUCGAAGGGCGGCUAGAGGCGUUCACUCCAGAAAGAGACAAUCCAUAUCCGAAUUCUAAGCCUGAGGGUCAGUGGAGAUGGGAAUCGGAUGAAUCGAAGAUGUCUAAUCCUAUGACGUCUCACAUGUUUAAUGAAGGUCAAGGGGGUGAUGCUUCAAGGUCCUAUUUUCAAGGGCAGAGGCCUGAUCCUAAAUUAGCUUUGCAGAGCCGGAGCAACAGUGAUUCCAGAUCUCAGGCCCAUGGAGAAGAUAUAGACGUUAGAUAUGAAGGAAAUCAUUCAUCACAAACUUUUGAAGGUCUUGAGCAGAAUUUUCAUGAUGACAUUAUUAAACUGACUAAAGAACAGCAGGAUGUUGAAGAUGCAGAGCAUGCAAGGCACAGAGAGAAUAUAAAUGCAAUCAAUACUCAAUAUGAAGAAAAACUGGAAGCACUCCGAGCUCGGCAUGGAAACCGUAGGGCUGAAUUUCUUCAAAGAGAAUCACGCGCUAGACAACAACAGUAUGAGCAGAUCAUUCGGGAUCCUUACUCCUCCAGUAGUGGCAUGACACCCAGAGACUCUCAUGCUCACAACAAUGUUAAUGCUCCCGCUUCCGUUGGAGAACCCCAACGAGGCUAUUCCGCUGAUCACUUUGAUCCCUACAGAGAGCAAUCUCGAUUUCUUGGGAAUACAAGAGAUCAAGGAUUUGAACCUAGAGGUCCUUAUCCUGGCGGACGUGUCUAUGACACCGGUUCACGUUACUACAACUGAGUUUGACCAAAAAUUCACCUCUCUUGUUCGGUUUGUACUAUGUGCAAUUUAAACUGCAUACAUGCAUUUGGAUGUAGGGUGACUAGAAUGUUUGUGAAAUCAAGAAUUUUAUUAUAUUUGAGAACAACUGCAUAAAACCACAUUUAGUUAGGAAGUAUGGCAUGACUGAAUUAACUUGUUGUAAACUUGGGUUAGGCUAAAUUUGUAUUUAUAUUUGUGUAAGAUGUCUUUGAUUGGUUAUGAUAUUUUUGUUUUAAAAACGAUCAUAUUCAUUUUCUUCA